AGCUGUCGCUCAAUGUUAAUUGUGCGAAAUGAAGCUGCAUCGGUCGUCUGCGCCGCGUCAUUCGGGGCUGUGUAGGUAGUGGGGCUUCUAAAAACAGCGACUGCUAUUGCGACACGGUUCAAGUGUAUUUUACAGUCUCCUUAAACAAUAACCAUCAGCUGUCAAAUCAACUUCCCUCUCUUCACAAAUUCGACCAGUGUUCAUCCCAUACAGUACUCUAGAGCCAAAUUCCCUAUUCUCGUGUCUCUUUUUGCAAAUGGCGACCCCCAAUCCACUGAAGCUAGAGCCCGUGACCGUUGAGGAUAUCUCUGACAUUACGAACCUCUGGUUCGCCGCCUUUACGGACCCUGAGAUACGACGAGUUUUCCCCGAUACCCCCGGUGUGCGCAAAUGGCUGGAGGACACCAAUCGCAACGACCUCGCCGAAAAGCCUUUCCAGCGAUACCUGAAAGUUGUGGACACGGAAUCAAGAAACAGCCAGGGCCGACUGCGGAUAGCCGCCUUUGCGAAAUGGGAUUUAUCAAUGCCCGUCGAGCGCGGCCAACGCUACCUACCUUGGCAUGAAAACAUGCCUGCACAGCUUUGCGAGGACUUCUUCAACCGAGAGGAAAUUAAUCGGAAGCGUGUGAUGAGUGAUAAAAAGCACUUUUAUUUGGACACGGUUGCCACACAUCCAGACUACCAGCGUCGAGGAGCUGGUGCAAUGCUCGUUAAGUGGGGCUGCGACCUCGCCGAUGCUGAGAAAGUUGAGGCGUAUGUGGAUGCCAGUAAAGAUGGCGCACCCUUGUACGCAAAGUUUGGGUUUGUGGAUUACAGCAACCCCGGCGAAGAUAUUGCCUCAAUGGCUCGGCCGAUAGCUAUUUGAGGAUAUUAUUUUGAAUAGUCCAGGAUGAGAAGGAAGAGGGGGUGACUGGGGAUUUUGAUAGAUUGCUAAACUUUUCCCUUUAGUUCGGAUUGCUUGCAGGAAAGAGUCCACGGGAUUCUAUUGAAAAG